AUGGUCAGGCUAUUGUCACUUGCACUCCUGGCACCGCUGGCUGCGGCCUCCGUGUCCAACAUUCACAUCCCGCAGCUGGCCACGACAAUCGCCAUCAACCUGCCACCCAACAGCAACGACGUGAACUUUUACAUGGUGGCGCCGACGCACUAUACCUAUGUCGCCCUCGGCUUCGGCAGCAGCAUGGCCAACUCGUUCAUGCUCAUCGCGUACCCUGCGGCGGACGGCAGACACAUGACGGUCUCGCCCCGGCUGGGCACGGGCAACACGGAGCCCCAGUUUGACGGCAACUACCGUGUCUGGCUCAACGGCAAUUCGACCGUCUACGGCUCGUACAUGAUUGCCAGCGGCACCUGCUUCAACUGCCGGUCCUGGCCCGGCGGCAGCCUCAACAGCUUCACCACCAGCCAGCCCAUGAUGUACGCCCUCGGUCCGUCCUAUGCCACGGCCCUCGCCAGCAACGACCAGGGCGUCACGCUGCAGAAGCACGAAGCCUACGGCCGCUACCUGAUGAGCACCAUCCAGGCGACGGGCUACGGCGGCACGGGCGUCUUGACGAGCAUCGACAACCAGGCCAACACCGGCACGCAGCCCGUCAACACGUACGGCGCCAACAGCCCCAACGGCGUCGUGCUCAACGACCGCGACGGACUGGGCCUCGCGCACGGCAUCGUGCUCGCCAUCGCCGCCCUCGUCCUCGCGCCCGUCGACAUCCUCUUGGGCAGCGGCCGUCUGCUGGCCCGCUUCCCGCUGGUGCACGCCCUCGGCAGCCUGCUGUACCUGCUCCUGCUCGUGGCGGGCCUGGGCACGGGCGUCCGCGCCAGCUUCGAGUACGUCGCCACGCGGCACUUUGCCACGGCGCAUCAGGUCAUCGGCUUCAUCACCUUCUUCAUGGGCCUCGUGCUGCUGGGUCUGGGCAUGGCCCUGCACGUCGGGCGGGCCUUGUCAUCGUCUGGCGAGCGCGGCAUCGUGGCCGCCGUGCACACGUGGGGCACGCGCUUCCUCUGGGUCUUGCUUCUCAUCGACGGUGGACUCGGCCUCAAGCUGGCCGACGCAUCCCUCGGCCUCGUCAUUGGCUACGCGGUUCUGUCCGGCAUCACGUUCCUGGCAGUUGUGUUUGUGCUGGCCUGCCUGUGGUGCGUCGGUGGCCGCAAGGCGCGUGCUCGUGAUGGUUCCGUGGGCGACCGCGGAAGUCCGGUCCGCUUCAGUUUCAACAACCGCAAAAGCGUGAACUCACGUAAGACGUCGGGUGACUCGGAACCUGUCAUCAUCCCCGAAAACCGGCACGCAAGGUAA